UGCCCGGAGCCGCCCGCCGCCUCGCAGCCGCCCGGGGGAGCCCUGCCGCCGCCCGACAGGAGAAAAAAGAAAGAUAUUUUGGAGAUCCCAUCAAUUCCAAAUCCUUUUCCUGAACUGUGUUGCUCUCCAUUUGCAUCAGUUUUGUCAGCCAGCCUGUUGCCCAAGGCAACUUCAAGAAAAAAACAGGUAAUUAAAGUGUAUAGUGAAGAUGAUACUGGCAGAGCUUUGGAAGUACCAAGUGAUAUAACAGCCAGGGAUGUAUGUCAGCUGUUGAUACUGAAGAACCACCAUAUUGAUGACCACAGCUGGACUCUGUUUGAACAACUUAAUCACACAGGUUUAGGAAGAGCUAUAGAGGACCAUGAAUUAGUGAUGGAAGUCCAAUCAAACUGGGGAAUGGAAGAGGAAAACAGACUGUAUUUUAGAAAAUACUAUGCCAAAUAUGAGUUUUUUAAGAAUCCAGUGGGCUUUUUUCCAGAUCAUAUGAUGUCUUUUUCAGAUGAGACCAAUGCAGCUAUAAGCCACUCUGGGAUAUUACAGAUGUUUCUAAACUCCAGCACAUAUCCUGAAAUUCAUGGUUAUUUGCAUGCAAAGGAGCAGGGAAAAAAGUCAUGGAAAAAGCUGUACUUUCUUUUGCGAAGAUCUGGUCUUUAUUUUUCCACUAAAGGUACAUCAAAGGAACCAAGGCAUCUGCAGUUUUUCUGUGAAUUCAGCAAUAGUGAUAUGUACAUGUCUCUGACAGGCAAAAAGAUAUCUGGAGCACCAACAAACUAUGGAUUCUGCUUUAAGCCUAACAAAUCAGGAGGAACCAGAGACCUUAAACAGCUUUGUGCAGAUGAUGAGCAAAGUAGGACAUAUUGGACGACAGCAGUUAGGUUGCUUAAGUAUGGGAUGCAGCUGUAUCAGAAUUACAUGCAACAUUAUCAAGGUAGUGGUUGCAGCCCUUGGAAUAUGACACCUAUGAGAAGUAUUUCAGAAAAUUCAUUAGUAGCAAUGGAUUUCUCAGGACACAGAAGCAGAAUUAUAGAAAAUCCAACAGAAGCCCUUUCAGUUGCUGUUGAAGAAGGAUUAGCAUGGAGGAGAAGAGGGUGUCUGCGGCUCAAUUCACAUGGUAGCCCUACUGCCAUACCUAACAUAGCUAUACACAGAUCUCAGUCAUGGUUUCAUCAUAAAAUCUCUAGAGAUGAAGCUCAAAGACUUAUUUUGCAGCAUGGACUUGUAGAUGGGGUAUUCCUGGUACGUGAUAGUCAAAGUAACCCCAAAUCAUUUGUAUUGUCAUUGAGUCAUGGAUUAAAAGUAAAGCAUUUUCAAAUUGUACCAUUGGAAGAUGAUGGGAAGCUAUUCUAUACCCUUGAUGGUCAUACCAGAUUUACUGAUCUCAUCCAGCUAGUAGAGUUCUACCAACUUAAUAAAGGAGUUCUGCCUUGCAAGCUAAAACACUACUGUGCGCGAAUUGCUGUUUAACCAAAGCAUCUAUUGUUUCAUCAGAGGGAAAGGAAGAUGCUAGAAUACUUUCCCCUCCUCAAGGCAAUUUCUGUCGUAAAAAGGGAAAAAGCAGUACAUUGAAAAGAUUCUAAAUUUCAGCUGCAAAAAUAAUUUAUAUGCUCCAUAGAUUAAGUACUUUGCAUUGUGAUUGUCACUGUGUUUUCUUUUUUUUUUUUUAAGAAACAUUAUUUUGUAUGUAAUUAUUUAGUGUUGUCUUGGACUUCUUUUCAUCUGAAAACUUUUUUUUUAAUAAUAAUACUGUGUAACUUCAUCUACAAAAAUAAACUGAAGGGAAGUUCUAUGUUCUUAGCUUUAAAAUGAAUUAGUUGCCUUUUCAAAUGUUUGUCAUUUCUAUUCAUCAGAUGGAAGAACAACUUUUACUUUGGUGAGAAUUAGAAGCUAAAGUGUGCAUUUUAUUUGUAAAUAAAAUGAAAAAGUAUUUUGCACUAUAUUUUUAAAUGCUACUUUGAGGAUUACCAUAUAUUAAAGUGAAAAUAAUUAAAAGUACUUAUAACUGAUAAGCUGUAUUGAGUUGUGCUACUACUACUGUAAUAUUUUAAAGGAUUUUUUUUCUAAUUUAAUGAUUGUAUCUAUACCUUUAUACAGACCUGGAGUGUUGUUACUUGGCUAUGAGAUGUGUAAACAUGCAUAAUAUAUCACGUAGUGCAUAACAUGGUUUAAUGUACACCUAGACACGCACACUUUCUCUGUUUGCUUAAAACCUUUUUAGAGUGUAUCCACAGUCAGUUCUUGGCUUAUUUUCUUAAUUUAUGACAGAAUAACAAGCUUAAAUAUAGCUACCAAUCACCAAGUCUUUAAAGAUUACUGAAUAGCUAAAAUCCCAACUAAAGAAAGCUAUUAAGGUAGAGCAAAUUGAAUUUUGGACCACAGCAUUAGAAAUAGCUUUAGUAUCUGUAUGUUAAGAGAGGUGGUACUCUUACAUUUUUGAACAGAGCCCGGAGGAGUGGAGCUUAGAUGGAAAGAGGAGUCCCUGCGUUAAUGCUUUGCUGCCCAGGAGGUCUGAUUUUGUUCUGAGGGUUCAGGACCCGGCCCUGGGGAGCUUCACUGUGGGUAGAGGCCGUGUGGUGCCUGGAGCCGGACCACCUCCCUGAAUCCAGCCCCCGUUCCCCGUACUUUCUCGCUGGAGUCCCUGGCCACCAGGCGUAUGCGCCGUUCUGCUGCAGGAGUAGUGGAGAGAGGAAGCAAAGGAGCUGGGUGAGGGGCAGUGCGAGGGAGCCGAGGCGCUGCGGAGCCCGUGCGCGCCAGCCCACCAGGCCGCGCAGAGCAAAGCGCCGCAGCACAGUUGCGGAGUGGUGGUAACUGCAGCCUGUCCAUUUGGUAUCGUGUGCUGCUGGAAGGCAAUCACAGUAGCAUAAUACUGUGAUACUUAAUUUACUAACUUCACCCACACAUCACUGACCUUCUCCUCUAGUAUGCAAAUACAGUUUUUAAAGCUCAUUAAAAAAAGCAGCUCUUCAUAACAUGUACCAAAGAUGCAGCAUAUGCGGUGCCUGAGCUCAUUACAUUAGAAAUGUAAAACUCCUGACUGUCUAAUAAAUUUAACACUUAAACCUUGAAAAUAAUUUCAAAUUGUAAUAAUAAUAAAAAAGUAGAAUUAAUUAAAACCUCUCCAGAUCUAGUCAAACAGCUUGACUACUUUUGAGGCCUAGUAUUAUUUCAGAGAUUGGUAUAGAAUAAGGAGAAAUUUCUCCUCUGCAUCCAUAUUUUUUGACUGUCAUUGCAACAGACAACUUGUUUAAUGUGUCAGUUGCAUUUUUGCUUUGAUAUGUUACAACUUUGCCAUCAUUUCUAUUUAUAUUUAUUUUUUUGCCAGCACACUUGAUAGGAAAGUUAACUGCCUCAGUAAGUACCUUUUCACCUUUAGAUCUGUUGGAGUGAGAAUACAUGGAUUAUGUCACCCAGUGGAGAGACAUAAGCAGCCUUUGCUGGCUAGUGAAACUGGAAAACAAAACAACUAAACCCCACGCAGUGUUUAAUGAGCAUCUGAAAGUGUUUAACUGACAAGUAUUUAAAGCAUCCUUACUCUGUAAAAUGUUGCUUCUUUCAUUUUAUCAGGUUUUUUAAUUAAAAAUCUAAAUUGAAAUCUUGCUGAGAAUGCAAUUGAUAUCAGAAUUUUCCUUUUUUACAACUCUGCAUAACUUUCCAAUGUACAAUUGUUCACGACUAUGCAAUAAAAAGCAAAACAAUAAAAAUAAA